CAUGCCGGAUCUGGAUCGAAUGUGCUUGGCAUAAAAAACGCGUUGAAGGACAGAGGGCCCUGCACCCACAUCUCGUCAGUUCACAGACCUUUCGUUCUACAAUUCCUUUCCAUGCAUCCGCAAUCGAAUUUCCCGUCUACAAACGAAGAAACAUCCGCAACGCGAAAUCCGAAGGCCUGCCAAAAUUGCCGGGCUCGAAAGAUCAAAUGUCUCCCGACCGAUGCAUGUCGUGCUUGGCCAUGUGAAAGGUGUACGAGGAAGAAAUUUGAAUGUCGAUACGAAUCGAUCCAGGGGAACGUCUCCGCCCUCCAAACAAUCCCGGAUGGCAAGAACACAAUCCAGUUCGACACCACAGCGCCGCCGAGGCGCGAAUCCAACGUUGCUUCAACGCGGCCGCCGGGGAGGUCGAGGGCAACAGAGCAGUGUGAUGUCCACAACCAACCCGGAUCGUACGCCGGCGCGGAUCCUCAUGGGGUGUACGGCGCGCAACACGCCGCCUACAACGGGCGGGCGGGACCAUCUGGGCCGAUGGCCGGCGUCACACAGUCCCGCUGGCCCGUGCAGGGUAACACAAACCCUCAGGCUGCGCGAUAUCCUGUGUACGCGGAGCAUGCUGGACAGGACCAUCACACGCAAAUGGGCGGCCAUCUCGCGCCACGUCAAUAUGCGACGCCGGGCCAAGGUUAUCAUGAUGGUCAUGUGGCAUACCCGACCUCCGCUUCGUACUGGCAGCCUGCCCAGGGUCAGCAGCAGCAGCAGCAACAGAAUGGUGGCGAUAGCGCUUACUCAUACAAGCGCUGA